UUCAAAACGGCCACCGCCAAUUCUUCUACAUUCAUCACUCAUCAGCCGCGAAGCGCACAAGGAACUUUGGUUCGAGACUAACAAUUCAGUGCUCAUGGAUUCCAAACCUGCGCAGGACGAAUCAACGAGUGUUAAAACCCUGUUCGCCUUUUACUCUAACUAUCUAUGGAACCGACUCACAACUUCCGUUCCUUCGUCUGAUUCAAAAUUUCUCGGUAAAAUCUCAAACCUCUGUAACCAAGCAGCGCGUGCCGGAUCAAGGAGACGUAGGGCUUGCUUCCCUCUUCCUUUACCUUCCAAUUCUCCCGACUCUCCCUUGGUUAUGACAGAGGCUUCCAGAGUGGUUGAUGUUUUGGAGGAUAUAAUGGAGCAUAUGUUUACGAAUUUGCAUAACGUACAGAAGAAUUUGAACUUCUGGCAGUCUAGAGCAGAGGGAUCAAAUGCUCGAAAAGUGUACUUCAAGGUUUUUGAAAGAGGGCCACGGGCUUUUGCUAGUGAAACAUUUCAGUUCCUACGUGAAUGGUUUACUGAGGGCUCAUCCAUACAGCAUCUAUCUGAAUCUGCAUCUGCUUACAUAUAUGAGAGAAUAGCUGUGUUAACCACCUUAAGAUCUUCCCUCGCGACAUUUUUGGCUGAGAUGUACAUGGAAGUUGAUAGAUGUGGGGAGGAAUUAUUGAAGGAUCCAGAGAGAGUAUUGCCUUCAUUAUUGCUUACUAUAAAUGGCUUGUUUUCAAAGUUGGAGGCAUCAAUCGGUCAUCUGCAUGCAAUGCGUCAGAGAAAUUCAUCUAUUGAUGGGAGCUGUUCAUUUCCUCUAAUGUUUGAAGAGCUUCCAGAAGUUAAUCAGGAAGGAUCUCAAUGGACAGACUGUGAAAUGAGGGAUGCUAUCAACUUGGUUUAUGAAAAUCUACACAAACUAGACACUUACAUUUCUCUCAUGGUUGCAAAACACCAAAGGCCAAGGAAAGUAACUGUAUACUGGAUCCGAUAUACUUGCGGGGCAGUUGGCCUAUCCGUUUGUUCUCUGUGGCUCCUACGACAUAGUAGCUUGAUGGGAAGUCCUGACAUUGACAAUUGGAUUCGAGAAGCAAGGGACUCUACCAUUAGCUUCUUUAAUGAUCACGUGGAGCAACCGCUUUUGUCUAUUAGAGAUGAGCUUUUUGAUACAUUCAGGAAGAGACACAAGGGUGUCAUGGAGAUUGAAGAAGUACAGUUAACUGCUAAUUCUCUGCACAGAAUGUUGUUGGCUUUCAGUGAGCAAACAAAAGGUCAGAAGCUCCCUGAGAAUGCCUCAGAUCAGGAAUUGCUUGAAAUAGUUAUGGCUAGGUAUGAAAAGGAGGUUAUGCAUCCUAUUCAGAAUCUAUUAAAUGGAGAGCUUGCUCGCGCUUUACUCAUCCAGGUUCAAAAGCUAAAACUGGACAUUGAGACGGCAAUGCUCGAAUUGGAUCAGAUUCUCCGGGCAAAUGAAAUCAACUUUGCUAUUCUGGCUGCCCUACCAGCAUUCUUUCUCUCUCUUAUUCUACUCAUGUUAGUGCGUGCAUGGUUCAAGAGGGAUACCAGAGCAGAAGGAAGAGGAAGAAUUGCUCGGCUCCAGAGGAGGCUUCUAAUUGUCGAGGUUGAGAAAAGGAUUAUGCAGUACCAAACUUACAUUGACAACGGGAAGGAAAAAGAUGCAGAAAGCAUGUACGGAUUGGUGUUAUAUACUCUAGAUCGAUUAUACCAUGCUGUUGAGAGGCAUGCCAAAGCAACGGGCGAAUGGCAAUGGUUGAGACAGGACAUUGUUGAUUUGGCAAAACCAGGGUUGCAAACAUCUUAUAAGCUCAUAGUGACAUCAAGGAUGGAGAGGGUGUAUGACUGCUUGCUCCCUUCAUUGAAACGGCAAUAGACUUAACAAUCUCACUAUGAUCUUUAUUCCCGCUCCGAUGGGUACUAUUCAUUUUGUGAUCAAACAUUUCUUUUCUUUUUGUUUUUCGGGGUGGUACAACUGUUGAGUUAAAACUCCCCUGCACCAAAAUAUGGGGAGGGGUAGCAUCAGACUUUUUUUUUUAACUGUAGGUCUUAUAAGCAACACCAUACCAACCUUGAACAGUGAUUCUGGACAAACUGUAAGCCUUUCUUUGGCCAUGAUAAUGAUUCAUUAUUAACACUGGAUUUUCAA